GCCGCAGUGUGUGUAUCAGGUCAGUGUGUUUAGUACAGCAGCGCAGUGGAGGCGCGCAGAGGACACACACCGCACCAGAAGGGAACCGAGUCAGGCAAGAGACAGGACCCUUCUCAUUCUUGCAAUAAAGAAAAAAAAAAUAAAAGAAGUGCGUGAAAUAAAAAAAAAUGUGAGAAAGGUGAGCUUUGACCUAGAAGAGGAUGCAGUAUAAAGUUCAAGGACCGGAGAUGAGCUUACAAUGUGCAGCUCCUUUUGCAUUUUAUUUGAUCAUGUAUGGAUUGCUGCUCUGAAGAAGUCUGUUUAUUUAAUACAAAGUCUAAACUGCAACUCGGAAUGAAACAGCAUUGUGUGAGGUGCGCGGAGCGCAAAUAGCCCUUUUUACGACAACUUCAGUGGCACUUUUUCAAAACAAAACAAAAAAGAAAAACACAUUCCGCUAACUAUGUCAGCCAUCAGAAGGAAAUUUGGCGAGGAAUACCAGGUUGUGAACACAACCCGAGGUGCGCCUUUCCCCGCUCCUGCUAAGCGCAAGAGGCAGCGCUUCGUGGAGAAGAACGGACGCUGCAACGUGCAGCACGGCAACCUGGGCGGCGAGACGAGCCGCUACCUGUCGGACCUGUUCACCACGCUGGUGGACCUGAAGUGGCGCUGGAACCUGCUCAUCUUCUUGCUCACCUACACGGUGGCGUGGCUCGUUAUGGCCUCCAUGUGGUGGUUGAUAGCGUACGCACGUGGAGACCUCGGCCGCGGCCACGACCCUGACUACACGCCGUGCGUGGCCAACGUGUACAACUUCCCCUCCGCCUUCCUCUUCUUCAUCGAGACCGAGGCCACUAUCGGCUACGGGUAUCGCUACAUUACGGAGAAGUGUCCUGAGGGCAUCAUCCUGUUCCUGUUCCAGUCUCUGCUCGGCUCCAUAGUGGACGCCUUUCUCAUAGGCUGCAUGUUCAUUAAGAUGUCGCAGCCGAAGAAGCGCGCCGAGACGCUCAUGUUUAGCCAGGACGCCGUGAUCUCACAGCGGGACGGCAAACUCUGCCUCAUGUUCCGCGUGGGGAACCUCAGGAACAGCCACAUGGUAUCUGCUCAAAUCAGGUGCAAGCUCAUCAAGUCUCGUCAGACACCUGAGGGGGAGUUUCUGCCCUUGGACCAAAGAGAGCUGGACGUUGGGUUUGGAACGGGCGCCGACCAACUCUUCCUCGUCUCUCCUCUCACCAUCUGCCAUGAGAUUAAUCCCAAGAGCCCGUUCUUCGACCUCUCACAGCGCUCACUCAUGAGUGAGCAGUUUGAGAUUGUUGUUAUCCUUGAAGGGAUAGUGGAAACCACAGGUAUGACGUGCCAGGCUCGGACAUCUUACACAGAGGACGAGGUGUUGUGGGGGCACAGAUUCCUUCCUGUUAUGUCUUUGGAAGAGGGUUUCUUCCGAGUGGACUACUCACAGUUCCACAGCACCUUUGAGGUGCCCACACCUCCUUACAGUGUAAAGGAACAGGAGGAAUCAUCUUGCCUCCCUUCCCCUGCUCCUCCACUCACCCCGACUCCGGGAGAUCCACGAAGCCGCAGGGAUCGCAUCUUCUCCCUUGAUGGUGCGUCCCACACUGACGGAACAGGCUCGAGGUUGCCCAGCAAGCUCCAGCGUAUGAGCUCCAGAAACGGUAAAGAUGGCGGGAAAGCCAGCAGUACACAAGCAGCUGAAAAAACAUCCAACACAGGCGACCCCCUACGCUCAUCAGCCAGGCUGGAGGAGUCCAACAACCAGAUUAAGGCAGAGCCACACAUCCUGUCAGCAGGAGAGCUGGAGCAUCACAGACUGCCUCUAAUGCCUACUCCAUUGCCCGGUCCCAACCUUAACCAGCUGCCUUCGGCUGGCGGCCGGCCCGAGGACAACCUGCCCGAGAAGCUUCGCAGGAUGAACGUGGACCGCUGAGCCAUGAGCCACGAUGAUGUCCAUUUCCUAUUCAGACUGAUGGACAGAGAGGCUUUGAGAUGAAAAAACAAAGCAAGUUCUAAAACACAAAAUCAAUACAAACUUUAGCUGGACUAUACUGUGAUUCUUUUUAAUUAUUACACAAAGGAAACAGCCAUGUCUGUCACAUCGUCGAACUGAUUACGUCAACAUCCGUCGGCAUUCUAUUCCGUUUCAAAUAAGGUUAAUAUAUUUUCAGAAUUAAGACUAACUGAACCCUUUGGUUUUGUGUAAACUACUCAUAUGUAACAUGCUACUCUAUUUAUUAAUGUAUGCUUAACUGAUCAAACUGAACCAUGUUCUUGUUUUAGUUCUGAUUAGGCAUGUGCUGAUAAUCAGUUAUACAAUAUGGCAAUGAAGAUAUAUAUAACAUGCACAAUCAUGUUAGGUAGGUAGAAGAGGUCUGUCCUAAUUGAAAGGCAGCAUAAGAUAGCUAAGAUAUAAUGCACAAUUUUGAAAGCAGCAUUGCAUGUGUAUUUCUUAGUAAAGGCAAUUUAUUAACAAACAAAAAAAAGAGUGAGCUGACUAGUCUCACUUUUCAAACUAUAGGUCUAUUUAAAACUCCCAGUUGUGUUCUUAUCCGAGUCGAGAUGUUAUAGCGAGUGCAACAAAAGUCACAUGCACAGCUUGCGUAUAAGUGACGUCUAAAGGCACCGAGCUGAAUGCAAUGCCUGCUGAGGUUUUCUUUAAAUUGCUGCCAGCAAAACAGGUGCCAGUAAUUAUGUAGUUAUUUACCAAAAUACAAUAUAGUGAUAAUAUUGUAAACAAUGAUAAAAGCUUAAGCAAAUAAUAUGAUAUGGAAAUUUCAUAUCUGCACAUAUUUAUUUCUGAUAAAUCUAUAUUUUCAAUAGGCUGGGUAGAAAUUGCUAUGUAAAGGUUUUAUAGUGUGAAAGGUUGUUACAUUUAAUUGUCUUUCAGUAAGAGGUUACUUAAACUACCAACAAUCUGUUCGCUUGAGAUAAACAGACGUUUGUCUGAAUGUGAAAUACAUGCAGUAGACCCCAUAAGGCAUAGAUAAUGACUAUAAAAUGCUUAUCCUCUCAUUGCUAUAUACAGAUGGGUGACAAAUUAAAGGAAAACACCAUGGCACUGUUAUUCUGUGGGAGUUAUUUAUUUUGCUGCCAUGGUCUGGGUCCACUUGCCUCCUAAGAGGGAACGUUUACUUCAAAUCAAUACACUGUUCUAUUGAUCAUCUUUAUCCUGUAAUGAAGGAUUUCUGUCAUUUUUACAGGAGUGGUCUCUUCCCAGAUGACCUCCACAUGACUUGACAGAGAAUGGACAUGAUUAAAUGAUAUAUUUUGGCCUGCACGGUCACCCCAUCUCAUCUCCACUUAACUGAAGACAUUUUGGGGCCAGUGUUUUAGACAAUUCAUCAAAUAUGAAAUCAGGGAAAAUCUUCAACAAAGGUGUUCAUUCCUCUAAUAUAGUUCAGUUUAAAAACCACACAAAAAAUACACUUUAUGUUGGUUUUUCCUUUAAUUUGUCACCCGUUUGCUAUACAGAAUUCAAGUUUUAGGAAUAAUGAAAACGUAAUAUAUAUGCCUUCAGUUCUUCAUCUAUUUAAAUGUUACAAUAAAUAAUUUAAGUGCUAAUUUUUAUCUUAUGACAAUUUAAAUCAACAAUCUAUUAUACAGUGGAUUUAUACCCUUAGUCAUGCAGCUAUAGCAAAGAAAACAGUUCCCCUGGAGAAUCAUAUUUGUUGUCUACAUGACACCUGACACAACAUUAUUGCAGUGAGUGAAGAACACGCAUGUGUUAUCUACAUUAGGAUCCAUUAGCGUACAGGAAAAGUAGACACUGAGGCAUCAAAGUGCUAUAUGUAAUUAUUACUUCUACAGCAACCUUCCAGCUCUCACCUUAGGCUGUGGGCGGAAACAAAAGCAAUUCGGUUAGUCCUCAGCAGGACAUCAAUCACAGAUAUUCACCAUGCGGCAUGCGCCCACCACCACAACAUCAUUACACUUAAUUGUACUGGUAAAGAAGGAAUUUCCAUGGCAUCCUUCAUUACCAGAGCCACUCAGACCUUAUGGACCAGAGAGGAUAUGUUUCUCAGAGGGACUGCAGUAUAAGCAUGGGACAGUGCACUUAAUGUCCUCAAAUAUACACAGAGGACAUCAGCACUUGAUUCAAGUAUAAUAGGAAAGGCCCAGUCAGUGCUGUGUCUGUAGUUCCAUUUAACGUAGCUCUCCACAAAUUUCCUUAUCAAGACUGUGCAUUCAUUUUAUUGUUGGCUUGUCUGAAAGUUUUUACAAGUUUGUGUGAUAAUUUAGAAAAUGGAAAACUGCACUGAGAGCAACGAUAAAUCAUGAGCACAUCUGCAGAGCUGCAGAUGAAUUACAGCUCCUAUUCUCUUUAUAAAGGGGGGUGUAGCUAACUCUGGCAUGGAGGACAAGGUUAUUUCUCUGCAUUCAAAGACCCUUUUGAGACACUUUAUCGAUUGGCCGGUGCUGCCAUAUGAGCCUGGACAAAUGUUACAUCUGAAUAAUCAUGGUUUCUCUACUGCAUUGCUAUAGCAGAGCAGCAGCACAGAUUUGUGCCCAGAGAUGCGCGUACGGGAGGAAGUGUGAGUCACGGACAAACAAGAAAGAAAAGGGAAAAAAAAGAAGCUCUGAAUGAUCAUUUAGUGAAUUUAAAGCCAUCUAUUUCCGCAUCCUGCUUCAGGAGAAUACAAUGUCUGUUACUGAGUAGUGCAGUGGAAAUGUUCUGGGUUAAGAGGCAUGGCUCGAUUUUCCCGAGAUUAUACAAGAUGAAACUAUUUUCACUUACGCUGGUUAACUGCACUAGUCAAGUUGCAUGCAGGAUAUGCAAAAGGCUGUACACGAAGCCAAAAUGGCAGCAGUCACGCUCACCAUGCUGCCCAGAUGCUCAUAAAUAUCUAAUGAACCCCAAAUAAACAGGAUCAAAUACACUGGCAUGUAUGUGCCCAAUUUCUGCCUACUGUUCUUGUAAAAAGCAAGGGAUGGUGAGCAGAGACUGGGAAUAUACAACGCAGCAAGAAACUUGGUUCACCUGCAUGCUUCACUUUCACUCCAAGCACCACAGAUGUUGAGGGAAAAUGUGUUGCAGACUGUAUGGUUGUCCUCUCACAGGGACAAAAAACAUCAGGAUGGAUAAAGAAACAGCUGUUUGUUUACAGAAAGAAUAAGAGAAAUGGCAUUGUUUAAAAGUUUUCAGUCCACUGACAAUCAUUUCAGUGUUCAAACUGUAAGUAAUAAUCAGUGGAGUGUGGGUUGAAAUUACAUUUAAAUGAUCUUUACACCAGGGAAAAAGCCUAGUUGCACUAGCUAGUACUCUGUUUUUUCAUACAUUAACUUUGUAUUUCAGUCUGCAUCUAUUAUGUGGUAUUUAGCUGAAACUCUUAUCCAAAGCAGCAUUUUUUGUAUAACUGAGCAGUUGCCUUGCUCAAGAACACUUUGCUCAAGGGACCAGCAGUGACUUGGCAGUGCUGGGAUUUGCGCUCACAAUCUUCCAAACAGUAGACCCAUGCUUUAUCCACUGAGCUACAUCUGCCCCUUAAAAUAAUUAUGGAAAUAUUCGUUUCGGAAGCUGAAUGCCAAAAAUGCAUCACACCUCGAAUAUUAAUGCGGGCUAGUGAUAAGUCAGUCCUUGAAAGUACAAAAUCUUUCAUCUUUUAAAUCUUUGGAAUAGAUUUUAUCUUCUCUUUUUAGGGCAGUCUCAUAUCUCAUAUGGGUCACCUACCUUACCAGUGAUAGACAUCUUAAAUUCAUCCACCUUCAAUAAUCGCUGUAUCCUAAUUAUGGAUGCAGUGGAUCCGAAAUCCAAAGAAUACAUUAAUAUAAGCUCAGUACUGACUUGGAGACCCUGGGUCUGUGAAUAAUAUUAUUAAUCCAAAUGAUAUGUAAUAUUGUUUUGGCAGUUUUACAAGGUGAAUGAUUUUUCUGGGGUCAGUCAUUAUUCUUUUAUACCAGGAACAUUUUUAUAUUCAUAUUUUUGGCCUUGGUGGUUUUACAUUCUUGCAGAUGUUGAUAAAAUCCUGCUCAGAGGAGAUUUUUUUUUUUCUGUCCCCCAGUUUCUGUAAACAGGAGAAUAAAUGAUACGGAUUACCGACGUCCAACCAAUCAGGACAUGAAGGUGUCUACACUGUCAUUCAGUCAUUCAAGUCUAGAGUGUUUGACAGGCUAAUGUCUGACAAUAAAAUCGCUGGUUAUUCUGUAUUUUGUUUAGAAGAAUGAAGUCUCCCUGCACCUUCAACAUCAUUUGUGUUGUGUCAAAAAAGUUGUUUGUAACGUUUUAGCAGCACUGAGCAAGUGCACAGCUUUAGCUCUGCAUAGCAAUCAGUCACAUGAGUUAUACGAGUUGUCCUUGUAUAGGCUUCUAUAAAUUUAUACAAGUUUGAAUAAAUGAAGUGCUGUGCAAACUGCAGAUACUGCAAUCUAGACAGUUUUUGAGAAUUGUGUGCUGUCUUUAGAUGGCGAUUCUGUAAAGCAAUAGGGGAAAGAAAAGUUAUUAUGUUAUUUUAAUGCGCCUUGUCCAAGUAUCCGAUACAUCCUGCCAAUGUGCAGCAUAAUACAAGUAUCAAUUUUAUAGAUAAAGUCUUUUAUAAGAGCAGAGCAGCCUCACUCUGUCAGCACAGAUCCAUCAACGUGUACUAAUCUCAUUUCAGGGUAUUUUCAGAAGGAAGUUUGUAAAUCAUUAUAUUCAGCUGAGCCGCUUUGCGAGAGACCAGGCCAACAGACAAACCUAAUUAAACGGACAGCUAUUAUUACUAAAUGAAUGCUCAAUGGCAUGUCCACUAGAUAAAAUAAGCUAACGUGGAGCAGGACAAAAAAAAAAUCCGAAUCCUAUUUUGAAGUCCCCCAUACAGUCCCCUUGAAGACUCGGCAUGGCCAGUUCUCUUUUUUUCUUUUGUCUUUGCUAUAUACAGAAGAGUUUUGGGUUUCAUUUGGAAUAGUAGACCAUAGAUCUGAAUUUUAGAAACUUUUGCUUUUGUUUUAAACCCACCAAUUUUACAAGUGAUCCAAAAGUUAGGAACAUUUGACUAAGAAGUGUCUCUUGUUGCCCAAGAGUGCUCUUGGUUUGAGUCUUGUGUUUCACCUAAAUACACUGCAAUGUUGUUAAAAAGGGAUGAAACAACAUGACGUCUAGAGAUCUGCCAUUCUGAAGAUGAGAAAAGAGGGAAAAUCAAUCAGAGCUCUUGCACAAGCAUUGGGCAUAGCCAUUACAACAAAUUGGAAUAUCCUGAAAAAGAAAGAAAUCACUGGUGUGCUAACAACCAGAAAUUGAGCAUGUUGGCCAAGGAAAACAACAGCAGCUGAUGAGAGACACAUGGUGAUGGGGUGAAAAAAACCCUCAAACAUCACAGUACGGGUGUGAGGGUAUCGCAAUCCACCAUUCAAAGAAGAUAUUGCUUUCCAGAAGAUACAAAAAACUUAUCAGCAGAGAGUAUCAGAAGGACUGAGUGGAAAUGGCAAAGAAACCCAGAGAUGAGCCACAAAAGUCCUGGAACUAAGAUUAACCUCUACCAAAGUAAUGAAAAGGCCAACGUGUGGAGAAAAAAGGAUCUGCUUAUGAUCCAAACCAUACAAGCUCAUCAGUCAUGCUUCUUUAUGCUUCUUAGUAAUGUAUUUCAUGAUGGUAGUAGUCUACAGAAACAUUCUGUCUGCCAGUUUACAGAGAAAUGCAUCCGAUCUAAUUGGGAGGAACUACAUCGUUCAGCAAGAUAAUGACCCAGCACACACUGCCAACACUACAGUGGACUUUAUCGGGGGGGGGGAGGUGAAAAAAGUAUAAAUCACCAGACCUUAACCCAACUGAGCAGCAUUUUCCUGAAGAGAAGACUGACAAGAGAAACCCAUAAAACAAGCAAGCAAAGGAUACGCAACUAUCAAUCAAUCUAACUAUCAAUCUUUUGAUCUAAAACCCAAAUAUCUUCGGUGCAUAGCAAAAAUAAAAGAAGGUACUUCUAUUUAUCAAGGUAAAUCACGAACAGUAAAACAAAUCAGAGAUGAAAGAAAUCUUUCCAAGCCAUGAUAAUACAAGUAGAAAUAACAAUUUUGAAUAAAUUGCAUUUAUAAUGUCACCUCUAUAGUCAUAAACAGGAUAUGUUUUCUUCAUUAAACACUAAAGAAAUGACUUUCGAACAAAUUGUUCUGAAAAGUCUUCUUAACGGCGAAAUAAACAUCAUCGAAAGAAUUUAUGGUAUUAUUAAGAAUGCACAUUUGCACAUAUUUAAUUAAACAAAUGGCAAUUUGCAUAUAAUAAAUGUUUUUUCCCCUUUAAUUUCCAAUUAAACAACAACUGAACAUUUCCCCCAUUUCAGAUAUGAGGGUGUAAUCACUUUACUAGCUUGCAGAGGCAAUUGUGAAAUAGCAAUAAUCUUCAAUAAACAGUAAAAAACAAUCAGUGUACAUUUUCU